ACACCACACACAGUUUUUCAGCUGCACAGAGAGCAAGAGAGAGGCAGAAAGGAGGAAGAAGCUCCUCACAAUCUGAGACAUGAGUGAAACUCAGGUGGUGGAUCACAAAACUGGGCUGGAAGGUAUGGAGCCCAUCAAGCGCUCAGAGCUGGUGGACGUUGACGGCAUCCCUUGCCUCAAAGACACAGCAGAUAACUGGCAGCGCUUAUGGGGCUUCAAAGCUCGGCCCGAUGACCUUCUCAUUUGCACUUACCCCAAAGCAGGGACUACCUGGAUACAGGAAAUUGUGAGCAUGAUCCAGCAUAGAGGAGACCCUCAGAAAUGUGACCAGGUCCCCAUCUAUCAACGGAUUCCCUUCAUAGACCUGUUCCCUCCAAAACCCUACCCUCAAGGCUUGGACGAUGCAGAGGCAAUGCCCUCUCCACGAACCAUCAAAUCUCACCUCCCAGUCCCGCUGUUGCCACCUUCCUUCUGGGAACAGAACUGCAAGAUCAUCUACGUUGCCAGGAAUGCAAAGGACAGCGCAGUCUCUUACUUCCAUUUCCACCAGAUGAACAAGGGGUUGCCAGAGCCAGGAAACUGGGAUGAGUUUCUGGAGAACUUCCUCGUGGGAAAGCUUGCCUGGGGCUCAUGGUUUGAUCAUGUCCGUGGAUGGUGGGAGGCCAAAGAACGUUACCAAAUCCUGUACCUCUUUUAUGAAGACAUGAAAGAGGACCUGGCCCGGGAAAUCCGGAAAGUAGCCCAAUUUCUGGGCCUACAACUCCCCGAUCUAGUUGUGAACCAGAUUGUGCAGCAUACUAUGUUUGAGAACAUGAAAGUAAACCCAAUGACUAACUACAGCUCCAUACCGUCUUUUAUCCUUGACCAAACUGUGUCACCCUUCAUGCGAAAAGGCACCGUAGGAGACUGGAAAGAGCACUUCACAGUGGCACAAAGUGAGCGGUUUGAUGAUGCCUGUGAGCGGUUGUUAGGGGACAGCAGCCUGGUCUUCCGCACAGAGUUAUAAGAACAUCCUUCUGCUGCCCAUUGAUAUUUUCUCUGUUACAUUCCUGGAGUGGACAUUUUGGCUGAUUUCAAUAAAAUAAGCAAUGAAACCAAA